CACAUAGAGCGCCUGGCAGGAAGAGAACGGAAGAGGCAGCUUUGUUGCGUUGCACACACACUUCCAAGUCUGCGAGGGGCUGGAGAAUACAGCGGACGGAACCGGUGGAUUGCGGCAUGGAAUGGAAUCUAAGAAGGAUGGACAGCGAAAUAAGGCAGAUAAAUCCCGACUUACUGCAACCCAGUAAGAGCUUCAAGAAGCCCUCCUCGGGCACAAUCACACUCAACGUGGGGGGCUUCCUCUAUACGGCCCACCGCACCACUCUGGUCAAAUACCAGGGCUCGCUGCUCGAGGAGCUGGCCAAUGGGAAGAAGCCCGUGCAGCACACCGACUCCAUGGGAAACCCUUUCAUUGACCGGGACGGACCCGUGUUCCGCCAUGUGCUCAACUUCCUGCGUACCGGGGACCUCCAGCUGCCCGACGACUUCCGGGAGGUGGGGCUCCUCGGGAAGGAGGCGGAAUUCUACCGCCUGAGCGAACUGGUGGACGCCGUGUUCGAAUGGGAGGAGCAGAGGACCACCAAGAGAGAGCCCGCCUUCCUGGAGGUGACGGACAGCCACGAGCGGUCACAGGGCCUCAAGGUGUACUGCAGCGAUCCAGCGUUUAUCGACAAGGUCAAGGCGCGGCUGGUGCAGAUCUCCAAGAGCCGCCUGGACGGCUUCCCGGAGGAGUUUGAGGUGUCGUCGAACGUGAUCCAGUUCCGCCACUUCAUCAAGUCGGAGCCGGGCUCCCGGCUGGUGCUGAAGGAGGACAGCACCUUUCUGUGCACCCUGGACUGUCUCAAGCUGGAGACGGUGAUGCUGGCCCUCAAGGGGGGCUUCAAGCUCAUCACCAGCCUCGACAGCAGCAAAGGGUCGGUGGUGGCGGCUGAGGCCCUGCACUUUGUCAAGUAGAACGGUGUUAAAGAGCAGGGGUCAUGAGAGAGAGAGGGAGCGAGAUAGAGAGGGCACAUCGACACAUGGAAAAGGAGAAAGCAGUGACAGACUAGUCCAUACCCAUCUUAAACCACUGAUUUUUGUGUGAAAUUGUUGAUAGCUUGUGUUGUGUACAAAGUUGUUGCAUCAUGGGGUAGGGGAUUGAAGAGAUGGCAAGGGUGUCACAUGGUUCUUAGAACUUAGAAUUUCAAGUAUUACAAUAUUAUUUUAAACAAGUGUCUUAACGUUUCAGAUUGAUCAAAAUGAGAGAAUCCUGUUGAAAACACUGUUUUGAAUGGGACACAGUGUCAUAUCUAUUACAAAUCAAAUCCUUGUUGAUCAAAUUUGUACUUUUUUAUGCUAUGAAGAAGCCUAAAGCAUUGCUACUCCUAAUGCAAAAAAUAACCUUUCUGCCAUGUUAUUCUUAAACCAACAGUGUUCUUAGACCAACCAACAGUGUGCAUGCGUACGUUUAAAACCAUGUUAAUUAAGGGAUAUAAAAAACAACUCCGUGGCUCAUGUCCCUCCCCUUUCUCCCUCUAUGGAACCCAUACGAGUGAUGUUACACCCAAGUGGAAAAGAUUGAUCAAGUCAAUGUUUAAAUACAGAUAAAAAGUAAUCCACAAUGUAUCUCUAAUCAUGCUU